AUGGCCACCCACACCAUCAAGCAGCUCUACAAAGUGGGCGAGCUCAUAUUCGCGUUCCACCACUCCUUCCUCUACGAGGCCAAGAUACUCGAGACCGAGGUGCGGGCAGAGACCGAUAAGAGCACAGGCGUCACCGUGAACAAACCCUACUACAACAUCCAUUACCAAGGAUGGAAGGACAGGUGGGACGAGUGGGUGGACCACUCGCGGAUGCUCAAGCACAACCCGUCCAGCGUGCUGAUGCGUAACAAGCUGCUGGAAGAGGUGAUCAACAACAAGACCGCCGCCAAGAAGGGCAAGUCCAGGAGUAAGCGAAAGGCCGCCGAGUUGCGGCACAAGAAUGUGACGCCCAUCGACAUGCCGGCCAAGCUGCAGAAGAGGCUCGUCCGCGAUCAGCGCUUAGUCGCCAGCAAAUGCUUGGUCCCGCUGCCGAGGGAGCCCACCGUUGCCCAGAUCCUCAGCGGCUACAAGGCGCAGCUCAAGGAAGGAGAGCAGCAGGAAGGCGAAAGGCGCUGGCUCAUUCCCGGGUAUGUGUGGGUGGAUGGCUACAGGGAGGUCGAGGUGGUCGAUGGGAUCCAGAAGUACUUUGACGCGGCCCUGGGCAGUUUGUUGCUCUAUCGAUUCGAGCGGAUCCAGUACGCCGAGGCCAUCAAGUCGUUCGCCGGCAAGCGCAUGUCCGAGGUCUACGGCGCCGAGCAUCUCCUGCGACUCUUCGCCCAACUUCCUGAGCUCGUGGCGGAGGCGGGCAUUGACGAAGAAGGCCGCCUGUACAUCAAGGAAAAGGGAGAGGCCAUUCUGGACUACAUCAAGGAGAACAGGAAAACGAUGCUGCUCAAGGACUACGAGGAAUCCUCCCCGGUCUAUCGGCGCAUGGCCCAUUGA